CCCCUUCUCGGAUGGGGCGCGCGGCUGCUCGCCCGUCCAAGCAAACUUGGAACAGCCUCCUAGUCCCUCUGGGAAGAAACUUGGGGCAUUUGGGACUGGAGGCAGCAUCCCAUUCACAGUCCUGGAGCCCAGGAGCCGUCAGGGUAUCCGGAUCCCCGAGGGCUGGCCGGAUUUGGAGCGUCCUUCUCGGGGACACGGGGAGAACCUGCCGCAGUGCCUGGAGCAAGGAUUGCAGCUGGGCUGGAGGCUGAGACCGCUUGAGGCAGCUGCCCGCAGUUAGGGACCAGAGGCGGGCGGGGACGGAGGGACUGAUUCCGAGCGGCUUUCCUGGAGAUGGCAGAUAAUACUAGGAAUUGUCAUAGCCACUUCUUUGGCAGAUAACAGGGAGAAUCUUUUCUGCUUUAAAUUUUGCAGCAACGUGGGAGAAAAAACAUGUGAAUGGGGCUAUCUUUUCUGUCAGGUUGAAAGGAAAUUGCCAAUUGCUCACCUUCUUGUAUUUCACUCAAAUAAAUAUUUUGCACUGAAUUUCUUACUAACUCAGAAUGUAUUUUUCCACUAAGAUCACCAAGACACUUAAGAGAUAUAUUGAUUGUAUUACAAGAGGAGAAAGAGUCUGUAAUUAUUUAUUUAGACCUAGUACCUGUAAUUAUAAGAAAAAUCCAGCGAGGCAUGGGGCAGCUGUGCAUUACAGGUUUUCCCACAGAGCAGUGUGGUAACGUCCUUUCGGGAGUGCUUUGUGUGUGGGUCUGAGGAGCAUUUUAUUUUUAAGAGAACUCCAUCCGGAUGGUAAUCUGCCUGACCUGAGGGAAGACUUCCAGGGAAGCAACAAUCUGAUAGCAUUAACGUCUGCAAAAUUUUGCAAGCCCAACACCAGAGCACCCUAGAAAGUUCAACUAGAAGAAUGCUCAUGUUCGACCCGGUCCCUGUCAAGCAAGAGGCCAUGGACCCUGUCUCGGUGUCGUACCCGUCUAAUUACAUGGAGUCCAUAAAGCCCAGCAAGUACGGAGUCAUUUACUCCCCGCCAUUGCCGGACAAGUUCUUCCAGACCCCGGAGGUCCUGUCGCACGGGAUGCAGAUGGAGCCGGUGGACCUCACGGUGAACAAGCGGAGCUCACCGCCCUCGGCUGGGAGCUCUCCUUCCUCGCUGAAGUUCCAGUCCUCGCACCGGAGAGCCUCACCCGGGCUGAGCAUGCCGUCUCCCAGCCCGCCGAUGAAGAAGUACUCCCCGCCUCCCCCGGGCGUGCAGCCCUUCAGCAUGCCGCUGUCCAUGCCGCCGGUGAUGGCCGCUGCCCUGUCCCGGCACGGCAUCCGCAGCCCAGGGAUACUGCCGGUCAUACAGCCGGUCGUGGUGCAGCCCGUCCCCUUCAUGUACACCAGUCACCUCCAGCAGCCGCUCAUGGUGUCCUUGUCCGAGGAGAUGGAAAACUCAAACAGCAGCAUGCAAGUACCUGUAAUUGAAUCGUAUGAGAAGCCUAUAUUACAGAAAAAAAUUAAAGUAGAACCUGGGAUCGAACCACAGAGGACAGAUUAUUAUCCUGAAGAAAUGUCACCCCCUUUAAUGAACUCAGUGUCCCCCCCGCAAGCCUUGUUGCAAGAGAAUCACCCUUCAGUCAUAGUGCAGCCUGGGAAGAGACCUAUACCUGUGGAGUCUCCGGACACCCAGAGGAAGCGGAGGAUACACAGAUGUGACUAUGACGGAUGCAACAAAGUGUACACUAAAAGCUCUCACUUGAAAGCACACAGAAGAACACAUACAGGAGAAAAACCCUACAAAUGCACAUGGGAAGGAUGCACAUGGAAGUUUGCUCGGUCUGAUGAACUCACAAGACAUUUUCGGAAACACACUGGCAUCAAGCCUUUCCAGUGUCCGGACUGUGACCGCAGCUUCUCCCGCUCUGACCACCUCGCCCUCCACAGGAAACGCCACAUGCUAGUCUGAGUGUCUCCGCCUCCCGCCUUGGCACCCCACCCGCCCGGCUCUCUCGUCCUCCCCCCAAUUGUCUAACUCAUUUUUUACAUGUACAUUUUAAUUUUGAUUCAGCUGGUCUGAAUCUCUGAAUUUAUAUCAUUCAAACUUCCAUAUGGUCAGUAGUAGAUAUUCUAAUCCCCCCCUCUCCUUACCACGGGUCAGACCUAAAGAAUGUGAACACUUUUUUUUUUUUUUUCCGGGGAUGCUAAGCAAACCCUUCUUACAGAUACGUUUAAUGUAAUGAGAACAAGGGAACAUGUAAACUAACAGAACCAAUUGUCGGUUUGUCCAUGUAUUCCUCUAAAGAAGUAAAUGUAUUAGAAAUACAGUAUCCAGCCUGGUAGUCCUUGCCAGAGACAUUCAUACCUCUGAGCCCCGUGAUCACGUUUAGUGCUGCGCAGCAGCAGAUGGGUGGACCCCUUCCCGGGUUAGCUAGAAGGGCAGCAAGACUCCGGGCUGGUGCAGCCAGCUCUUUCAUCAUCCUUCAGCAGUCUUGCUUGUCAGCUUGGAUUUAUCACGCCAUCUAAAUUAAGUCCCUUACCCUCCUUGGUGCCUGCAGCUAGUAAGGAGAUCUUUGUCACCACUGGAAGAUGGGCUAGAGCUGUUGAUGUAGGUGAUUCUCAGUUCAAAGGAUGUGUUUGCAUCGCAUGGAGUUGGGGCAGAGGGGCAAACAAGGAAGCCAGCCAGGGAUCCCCGGGGAGAUGUUAUCAUUCAGUUGGCUGUGCAGGGCGUUCCUAGAGCUUCAGUCUCUGUGCAUGUCCAGCCGUGUUAAGCUGUCCCACAAAGCCAAGUACUGAUGGGGUCCCCCAGGCACCGGUCUCCUUUCCUGCAGUGUCCUUAAUGGAGAUUAUCAAGCACAGAUAGUAAGGACACCACAAAAAUAAUUGCCUAGUAAUGAUAAAAAAAAAAAUCUUUUGGAUAAGGUCUGAAUGGCCUUUUACCCAACCUACUUAGAGCUUUUUAUCACAAGCAAGGAAACAUAAGCAAUUAUAUCCCCAUAUCAGAUUUCUCACACAGCUUUCGUACGGAGGCUGUGUGAGCUAUAAGGUGCCAAAUUGGCUGUCAUUUGCAUGCAUGACACGUAUCAUGAAUAAGCAUCUGCUAGUGCUUGGGUCGGUUCAUUAAGACCUGAGUGAUGCUAUUUGUGAAUAGUUGUGAAGCACAAAGACCUUUACUUGGGGGACAGAUUUCUGAAAAAUACAGAAAAAUCACAGUUCAGGGAUUCAUAUAUGUAGCUCAAAAACUUGCAAACGUUUACCAUCGGGGCUGGCAAUCUCCUUUCACUAUCAAGUGUCCUCCUGUCCGAAGAACAGGCUGAAAAUGACUCGUGUUUAUGUUGAAGAUAAAUAGUACCAUUAUUUGGGGGAAGUUUUUCAAAAGCAGGCUUUUGAGCACCGUAGUCUAUAUGCCAAUAAAAAUAAUUCAUGUGUAGAGAUGCUGUUGGUCCUAAAUUUGAAGGAAUUAGUGGCGGUGGUCAAACGGGGGUGCGUAUGACCAAAUGGCCCUUCGUAGAGGAUGGAGAAGAAUGGCAUCCAGAAGAUGCAUCCCAGCCACAGCUCAGGACCCAACACGGCCUCACCUGGGAGGAACACACUAUUUCUAGCGCAUCAGUGAAUGAGUGAUUCUGGAGGCCUGCGGAGCGGAUUGUGUGGGAAGCUUACUUUGGCGUUGUGUUCAUAAAAGUUCGCUGUAAGGACGGUGCACCUGAGAGAUCUCACUCAACAGCUCUCUGAACCGACUGAAAGGAAAUGUGAUUGAGAAGCGAAAAGUAAUGUGUUAUCUGGCACUUGGGGUUUUUUGUUUUGUUUUUUUAAGCACUGCAGAAUUUGCUUAGAACAAUUUGAUUAAAACAUCCUAAUUGGGCUCUUCCUUUCUUUCAUUUUUUUUUUUGUUUGUAUGUUUGCCACUAAGAUACGAAUCGAGGGAUAAAAAUGGCUCUUGAAUCAUUAGUUUUGAGUCUGAGUCCAGUAAUAGAAAGUUGCAUGGGUUCUGAGGAAAUUGUGCGCCAUGGCAUAUAAAAAUUCUGUUCAGAAGUGCAAGCAAGACCCUGCAGAGACUAUUACAGGAUUAUUUAGCUUGCUUCAAUUAUGUUAACAGUUCAUUAACAAAGUUCCUUUUUAACUUGGGGGGGAAAGCAACCCAGAGAAGCCAUUCUCUGUUCCCACGCUAGGCUACAUACUUGACCAAUCGGCUCUUUCCAAAUUUUACUUUUUUUAUAUAUAUUUGUAUUUUACUAAGAUAGUUGAGAAAUUUAGUCUCUUAGUCAUUUCUAGCUGUAAUUGUGGGAGGCCUCAAACAAGAUGAGAUGCCCUUUGAAUGUAUGGUUUUCAUGAUGUGCCACGCUUCUAUCCGUGGUGAUUUUAACUGCAAUAUUUACGUGGGUGAGAACGAUUUGUAAACAUGGAGUUAGUGUAUAAAUUGCUAGAGAAUUUCUUCAGUUAUUAUCCAAGUGCCAUCUUGAGGAAGAAGUCAGGAAGAUUCCAUCUGAACCCGUCAUGUUUUCGAGUUGUAAAAUAUGAACCUGCAUCAGAAAUGGGCAUUAACGUUCUGAGUCGCCUGGUCUGGAGAAGGGGCUGGCAAAGUAGAGCUACGUUCAUCUGAGGAAAUGCUAAACAUGCAGAAAUGUCAAGAGCCUGGGGACAGAUCUACAGGGGAACUACAUAUGUGUAUUUUCUUACACCCAUCUGCACUAUCAGUGUUGCACUAAUGCGGGGUUUGAGAGAGUGUUGCCGAUACUGUAUAUGUCUGCCCAUCAUUCCUGGUGAGAUUGUGUUAAAGACAAUCUCAAAGACCUAAAGUUUUACAGUAAAUCUGCUGGUUUGAAAAUACAGUCAUCUUGUGAAGGAAUUUCUUUCAUACAUGAAGUUGCUCAGAGUGGUAUUUAUUCUCUUCUUGGUCAAGGAUAAUAAUUUCUAAAUGAUUGCAAAUUUACUUCAGAAAUAAUACAUUUACAAAGCCAUUUUCCAUGCAUUAAACGAGGGCUACAAUAUUAUGUUUUACAAAUACUAGCACUUUUUUUUCGCUGUUAUGUACUUAGUGUUAGAGGGUCAAAAUAAUCUUUCUGCUUAGCAUCUCUUAACCCAUCCCUGCAAGUAUAGCAGGAUUAUUACAUUGACAGUACUUUAAUACUUGUAUAAACUAUGCAGAAAUUUUUAAUAAAGUGUAAUAUAUUUUAUAAGCUAAUAAGACUGAAUGGGUAAAGGUUUUUAGCAUGCAUUAGUAUACUUGCAAAUACUGAAACAUUUUGGUAAUCUUUCUUACUAAAGAUGUGAAUGUUUAAUGUACCUUCUCUGUUUCUACUCUGUAGUCCAAUGGGAAUUCAGUAAUGACAUUUUGUCAUGUCAAACUGUGAACAUGAAUUUGUACUGUACAGCCCUCAUAUACUAUAUACAGUAUGCAAUAUAUGUAUUAUAUACUUGUUAAUAAAACCAUCAGACUAUUAA